GACUUCAGCUUGAGUUGAUGAAGGCUCAGCUGUUUGGAGAGCCACCUUCACAAGAGGUUCAUCUGGAUGUUCAGCAUGAAAAAAUCAAGGAUAUCAAGAUAUCAGCAGCUGGGGAUGUAAGAAACCCAAAGUUGUGGAGGAAAAGUUACAGAAAAGCAGAAAGCUGCUGGAGACUGAGGUGUUUUUUUUAGAAGAUGAAGCUGAACGAGUGCAAGGCCGUGUUGCUGGUCAUCACUGAACACAUCGAGAUGUCUCUGUUUUCUUCAGAGGAGCAAUGUGUGACCAAAACCACUCAGGUGAAAGAGGACCAAAGCAAAUAUGAGAAGAGAUACAGGCACAUGGAGCAUCCUCUGGCCUCAGACUCUGACUCUGAUGAGGAACCAGAGGUUCUGACCCUGUCCAGACAGCAGACUGAUCCCAAAGGAACCACCCCCGUCCAGGAGGAGCUUCAGUGCUGCCUCCAUGUCACAGACUUGACGAGUGACCUGGAUGUUGAGAUGGAGACGUUUCCUCCUAUCAGACUUGCAGAUAUUGAACUUGUGGAGAUAAAGUCAACGGAUUCCUCCAUCGUCACUUCGCUGUCCCCUAAUAAAACCAGUCAUAUGAAGUGGAAGAGGACGAGUCCACAGAAGCUCGGACUUGUGGUGAAAGAUGUGAUCUGCCUGCCCAGAGAGCUCUACACGGCACAGCUUGAGGGACAAAUCUCUACACAAACCAAACGGGCUGGAGUGGAACUGACUUCUCGCAUCACCAUCGACGACGGCUGGUCUGCUGCUCAGAUGGAAAGUCGGCUGUCGUCGCUGUUCCAGGGACAGUUUGCAAAAAGAACAGGACAGAAUUUUUCUUUUACAUAUCUGCAGUGUGUGCAGGGGUCCAGAGUGCUGUUUGUCCCAGAAACUCCUGCAAAAGGCUGGACUGGAGCACAGGUUCUCAGGAUCUGUGGACACGGUCCUUUAUAUAUCCUCAGCCACCACAAACAGGGGGGAUCUGUAAUUUCACCAAGUCAGGCAGCCGUUGUGAAAAGGGAUCUUCGCUUAAAUAUCAGUAAAGAGAAAGGACGUCAGCUGGAGAAAUGCGUGUCUUCUCGUGUCAGCAGGAGCCCAGAAAAGCUUACACUCAACCUGAACACCAUCCUGAGACUGUUCAGAGUAGAAAACACAGAUGGAGAAACUCACAUGGAGGUGGGGCGGGACGAUGUGCUCAGAUGUGCUCUGAAGGAGGUGAGGAAGCCGGGCUUCAGCUUCAGACCAACGCCCAUCAUCUCCUUCAGUAACGAGGAGGUGGACGACCCCGGGGAAGCGCUCAGAGAGUUCUUCAGGUUGAUGCUGCUGAAGCUGCAGCAGACUUGUGUGUUUGAGGGUCAUCCUGGACGUCGGCUUUUCACCUACGACCUCACAGCACUUGACGACAGGAAGUAUUAUGAAGCAGGCGUUCUCAUUGGCUGGUCACUGGCCCAUGGAGGACCUGGACCUGGUUUUCUGCACCCUGCACUCUACCAGCUUAUGUGUGGCCAAAGUCCAUCUCUGGAGAACUUCAACUGGAGGGACAUUGUUGAUGUGGAAGUGCAGAUCCGACUGCAAGAGCUGCACAGCUGUGUUGAUGCCAAGCAGCUGCCUCCCAGUCUCUGUGACUGGGUGUCAUGCUGUGGGAUCCCUGGCAUUUACUCAGCCCGUUCUAACGAGAUACCAACCAUCUACAGCCGCCUGGUCAAACACUGCAUCUAUCACAGGGUGGCCAGUAUGAUCUCCCAGUUCCUCGAGGGUCUGAACAGCUGUGGUGGAUUGUGGGAUCUGGUUAGGUCUCACUGGGAGUUGUUUCUGCCAGUAAUGAGCAGCAAAGAGCAGCGACCUCUGAAACUGGAAGAGUUCAAACGGCUCUUCACUUGUCGCUACAGCCGUCCGGACUCCGAGCUGAGAGCGGAGGAAGAGGCUACGGUUGCACACUGGGAAAACGUCCUCGCUGUGGUCGGUGAUGGUCGGGCAGAUUUUUCCUUUGAAGACCUCCUCAUCUUCAUCACUGGAGCUGAUCACCUGCCUUCUUUUGGCUUCCCCAAACCGAUCGCCCUGUGUUUUUACUCGCAGGAAAUGAAUGCAGCGGACAUGAAACUGCCCUACACUCCAGUGGGCUGUCUGGAGCUCUUCCUGCCGAGGGGAGUGGCGGAGACUCUGGACCUGUUGGUGCUGCUGAGUAGAGCUUUGCGGAAAGCCCUGGACUUGCACACAGAUGAAUGAAAAGCUUCGUUUGGUGGACUUCAAAUCAUUUCUUGCAUUUUUAUAAUACGUGCACGUUAGAAUUAAUGUAAAUAUAUUUGAAAAUGAUUAGAAGGGACUGAUUGCAAGAUUUGGGUUUUUUUAAACACUGAAGACCAGAUGUGCUAGAAUGUAAAAUGUAAAAAUACCUUAUUGUUGACACGGAACGGCCAUUUUUCCUUUAGUUUCACUUGUUAUAUUUGUGUUUAAAUCAUCAAGGAGGUACUCCUGUAAAUUACUUGAUUGUUUAUAAUAAGCACACCAUAAAAACACAGUCGCACGUUAUUUUGACAACUUACAAAACCAGUCUAAUAGCCUGUUCAGAAGUUUAGACAUUUAAAAGAAAUGUUUUUCACUGACAUAUUUGUUGUUUUUAUGUUCUCUAAAAAUAUUUUAAACAGAUUUUUUUAUAUUGUAUUGUUUUAAUUAAAUGUUGAAUAAAGUUUCCAAUAAUUUGUCCACA